GCUUCUUCGCUUACAAGUUACAACACUCAUAAUAAAGGUUACUAUUGCUACUGACAAUCGCUUAACUUAUUAUUCCCACAAAUGCAAUUUUAUUUAUUUUAUACAAUUCAAUUCAGUUAUCUCCUUCUUCACUAGGGCGGUGACAUGUCAGCUUUUGAUUAGUUUAAUAAGAUCGAGAGAGUAGAUCCUCUUGAUUUACAGAUGAAAGAAAUAAAUUGAGAGUCAAACAAUAGACAAAGUAAUCACACACACACACAUUAAACAUUACCACACAUUCACAUACACUAUAUAUACAAGUUAAGUUAGUAUCUGACUCAAAAAAAAAAAAAAAGAAAGAGUUUGGGCACAGGCUUUGUGGAAAGCCAUAACGUAAAUGACACACACCGUGAUCCUCUCCCUAGUCUCUAGUCUCUAGUACCACUGCUCUUUCUGAUGUCUGCUUUUUGUUUAGUUUAAUCUGGGACUGGGACUGCACGUGCUCUCUGCCUCUUCCCCUCACGUGCGUUCAUGACUCAUCAUUCAUAUAACACUGUGUAUGUAUUUCAAAAUUUUACAAAUUAACAGACCCAAAUAGCAGUCAAGAGAAAGAACUCUCCUUCUCGCUCGAUCGGCUCGAUAGAUGUGGAACAUUUCCCUAUAUUCGCUGUCAUCGAUUGUGAAUUGAAUUAAAGGGCUUUCUUUCAACUUACUAAACAAUAAUAUUUAAAAAGAGAGACAGAGUAAUUCCUAUACAGUUAGAUUAGAUCAAAAGCUCUAUUUAAUUUCUUUCUUAUUACUCAAAGAGAGAUCUUUUCAGAAUCGCCCUUUGGAUCAAACGGAGAGACCACCCCCACCCCCCCAACAUUAAUUGUUUUUGGUUCUACCUUUCGAUCACCAUAUAUUCAUACCUUCAAAGGUUUUGGAGUUUGAAGUAAAAAAAAAGUUAAAAAAUGGAAGAAGAAGAUAUCAAGAGUAACUACCCACCACCUCGGGUUUCACGUAAGAAUGGGACCCGGACUCACUCCAGAAAGACGGAGCGGCAAACGGAGGAUGACGGCGGAGAUCAGAUCAAGUGCUCCGGCAAGUCAUGCCGAUCGUGUGCGGCGGCGCUUAUAGCCGACUGCGUGGCCCUCUGCUGCUGCCCCUGCGCGGUGAUCAACUUUCUCACUUUCGCUUUAGUGAAGGUGCCUUGGGCUGUUGGGAGGAAGUGUUUCGGGCGAUGGAAGAAGAAGAAGAAGACGAAUAAGCGGAAAGGGCUGGAGAGUAAGAGGAAAUGCGAGAAAGGUCAUCGAUAUAACGACAGCGAAAGUAGUGUCGUUCAGGGAGAGAGGUGGUGGAUGGAUGAGGGUAUAAUGGAGAUUUCGUCGUCUUCGGAGGAGAAAAACGACAGCGUUGAGGACAGUGUUUGGUUGGAAUUGUAUCAGAUUGGUCAUUUGGGGUUCGGGAGAGUCUCCUUCACUGGGAUUCAACCUCCUCAGGUUAAGGGCAAUUAGGGAAUAUUACAUUAUUACGAAACAUUGUACAAAGUUUUUUUUCUUUCUUGAAUUUGGAUAUUUUUUACCCUUUUAAUUUGAAAAGGGGUAAUUGGGAGAUAUAAAAAAAAAAAGUUACCGAUUCAAAAUUGAAAGGUUAUUAGUGGCAAAGUUUUGGAUGACUUUCUUUUGUAUCGUUGUGCAAGAAUUGUUGAAUUGGCUAAGAACCAGUCCACCAAACCAAACCAACACAUAUUCUGUCACUCUGAUGUGUUUAUUGUCUUUAUUGUAAGUUAAAACCCAUAUCGAUCUUCUUUA